AUGUUAAAAUUUUAAAGAAUCUGUCUAAGAUAGUUUAGUUAAAAAAAAAUAUUAACUGAUGAGUAAAUAAAAGAAGGUCUUAGACCUCUUUUAAUGAAGGAGGGAUACUUUGAAGAUGAUUAAUAUUUAUAUUACAUUGAUCGAGAUAGCAGAGUCAGAAAAGUACCUAGAGAGUACUAAAAGAGAGAUGGAAUUUAUAGAAUUAAGUUUCUUGAACCUAUAUAUAGAUGGUGGAUACGUAGAUCACCAGACACUUAAUUUGCAAUAAUUCCUUAUUUUUUAUCAGCUCUCUUCUUUACUGUGAUAUACAAUGGAGCAAAUUUCAUUAUCGAAAGAGAAGAUCAAAUAGUAGAGAAGGCUAAAGUAGAUCCAAACUUUAAUAAAGAAAAUCUUGCAAGAUGGAAGAGCGAAAAGUAAUAGGAAAAGUGA